GUGUACAUCUGGGAUGAUGUGGAUUGGGCGGCGCUCAGAGGCAUCCACAACUUGACGUCUUUCGGGCUCAGCCUACCGGUAGCCCAGCUGUGGAAGCUUCCAACCCUGCUGCAUCAAAUCACGGACGAGGAGUAUGCAACGAUGAAGAAGAACAUGGAGCAGUCGAGGACUGCCUACACAAUGCCUGGAACUUUGGGGGCAAUUCGAGCUUUCAUGCUUGGCUUCCCUACGCUCCGGUACUUGCCGUUGCCUCCCGAAAGGGCCGCUUAUGCACAAGUGCGGCUGUUCCAGAUUGGCAGAGAGGGGGUCCGACGCGUCUGGACCAGGGGUUCUCGAUCCGUGGUGUAG